CGCCACAGAAGGGAGAAGAACACGAAGUGUCGCCCUUUCAUCAAAAUUCAAUGGCUUUCUGGGGAGUUGAAGUGAAGCCAGCAAAGCCUUUCACUCUAAUGGCUACUCCUAAUGAUUCAAAAAGACUUCACCUUUCCCAGGCGACAUUGGGGAUUAGCAAUACGGCAACAAAAGCAAGCAGAAUCAUUCUACAGUGUAACGUUGGGAACAAAAGUCCACUCUUCUUAUGUGUCCUGUCUCCUGAUAAAGUUGAUUCUUGCCAGCUCAACAUCGAGUUUCAAGAAGCUGAGGAUGUUAUCUUCUCUGUAAUUGGUCCUCGGAGUGUUCACCUCACUGGCUACUUCCUUGGAAGGAGUAGCUCCUCCGCCGGUUUAAUCCUAAACGACGACGAAUCGGAGUCAUUUGGAGAAGACAUUGUUGACACAGACGUGGAGAAAGGUAGCAGUGAUGAUUAUGACUACAGUGAUAGUUUCAUUAAUGAUGAUGAUCCUUCUGCCCACACUGACGAUGAUGAUGAGUUGUCUGUUAAGGAGAAGGUAGGUAAAACAAAGGCAAAGAAGAGAAAUAAAAGACUAAGAAAGAAGUUUCAAGUUUCUGAUUCAGAUUCCUCUGAUGAAACAUCGCCUAGAGCUGAUGAUGAUGAAGAUUCCGUAGAAAUACUUAAUGACCACAAGACCCCCAAGGUCCUUUCUUCGGAGGUUCCUUUGCCUUCAAGGGUCACGAGGUCAAAGGCAAAAAGUUCGACUUCGGAGAAUGGUGAGAAAACAUCAGAAGCAACAACUCAUACACACAAAACUGUGGAGAAAAAGGAGGAGAAAGCAUCUGGUGACGUUGAACCUUCUCCCGUUAAGAAAGGCUCUGAAGUACUUUCGAAGAAGGAAAAGAAGAAGAAGAAAGAUAAAAGAAACAAGGAAUCAGUUGUUAUUAAUACAGACGAAGAAGAGGAAAAAGAUGUGCCUGAAACUCAGAAGCCAGAGACUGACAAAGCAAUCGAAUCAUCAAAGAAAAAGAGGAAAAAGGAUAGAAGAGAUGAGGAGACUACAGAGAGGAAGAAACAAGCUAUCGAAAAGAAAACGAAGAAAGAAGCUAGUAAUAAAAAACUACCAGAAUCAGAGCUUUCCCCAAAUGAGGUGACAGUUGAAGAGAUUGCAAAAGGAAAGUCAGAUGGUAAAGUAGCUGUUCAAGGGAAAAAGGUCAGCAUACUUUAUACUGGGAAGUUAAAAGACACUGGGAAAGUGUUUGAAUCUAAUUUGGAAGACUCUCCAUUACGAUUUCGCUUAGGUGGAGAAAAGGUCAUAAAAGGUCUCAGCAAUGGUGUUGAAGGGAUGAGAGUAGGUGAUAAGAGAAGAAUCAUAAUUCCACCAUCUCUUGGAUACCCAGACGAAGGAUUAAACAAGGAAGAUGUGCCUAAGAACUCGUGGCUUGUCUAUGAAGUAGAGGCAGUUAAAGUGUGAUGAUGUCGUUAACUCUUUUAACCUUUUGAAACAAGCUUUAAGCUUCUUUUUUGUCUCAUAUUGCCUCCAAUUUUGAUUCGUUUUGGAGAGUGGGAUUUGUUAGCUUUUCGCAUCACUCAGCUACAUGGUUAUAUCAUUUCUUCGGUCAACAAGAUGAGAAGUUGUUUCUGUUGAUUUUUUUUUCUGAUUGUAUCUCUUAUUUUCUACUCAGCCUUGGAUGAAUUGACUUCUCGCAAG